GCAAAGACACAAGAAGCACGAGAAUUGAUUAAAAAUUGUUAGUUAAACCUCUAUGUAUCACGCGAUGGCCUGUCUCACUGUACCAAAUUUAUAAUAUCUCGGUGAGCAUUCGGAAGUCAGCCAAGCGCGGUCAUUGCACGCGUGCUGAACAAGAAUGCUGUAUCAUGACAGACUAGAAACAAUAGACAACUCCCAAAGCACAAACUCAGCCAAAACGCUAAAAAUCUUCAAUGUUUACUCAAGUUUGGGCUUAUAGAAGAUAAUGUCACAGUUUUUCAAUGACCAUGAAAUUCAGAGUCCGGGUAGUUAGUUAAUCAAUUGUGGCCCUGAAAAAAUUUGAAGGAAAAAAAAACUACGAAUUUUUAAGAAAAUGCUUUUUUCGUGAGAAGGACUCUCAAACGCUGACAAACGUCAACAAAUAGCGAAAACUAUAAUUUCUAUAUGUUUGCUUUGCUCGAAAUCGCGCGCAUUUACAAGACCCUAAAGCGUUUUGCUGACUUGCAAGGACCCAUCUGUUAUAACGAUGCCCAAAAUAAAGAGAUGAAUCUCAUAGUUUAUUAUAUAUAAUCCAUGUAAAGUUUGCUUAUCAUUUUCGCACAAAUUAUGACCUAAAUUUGGAAACCGCUGAAUUUCUCGAAUUGGGUCUUUGCGAUUUUGGUGAAACUCUGUUCAGCGCAAGGCACUAAUGCGCACUACGUGUAGCCGAGAGAUUUUCACGAAAAAAUGCCGGCAACAGCCGAUUUUCGACUCAGACCUCAAAGGGGCGUGGCAUUAUAACCACGUGACAUUUACUCCGAUCGCCAAAAAUUUUAUGUUAUAUUGCAGAUUGAUCUAUAUGUUAUCCAUUCUAUGUGUUAUACCUACGAUAAAAGUAAAGGUGGGGAUACCAGAGAGCUUCAAAGUAGGAUGGUACCCCCCCAAAAAAAUGGGUCGAGUCACCUUAAGAUGCUCAAUUAACGCGGCCUCUAAGAGCGUGUUGCAUUAAAGCACGUGUGCCUUAAUUAUGCAAAUCCUGCAUGGUUUUCAACUUGACUAUUUCUUAAUGUUUUAAGCCAUCUGCUUGGUCAGUCUUCAACUUUUAUGACGCCUAGAUUGGCAUUGAAGAAAACUAUUCAUAGAAAAAAGUUUUAUAAAUAGAUUUUAUUUUUGUGACAAAUCAUCCGCGUUUUUACUUCGGCGGAACGCGAAGUAAAGGAAUCGCGACGCUCAGGAAUGUCCCAAAGUUGCUUGUUUGGGACAGGAUUGGGCAAGCAAAGUCUGCAGAUUUUGGGUUUAAUUCUCGAGAUCACUUCGAUUUCCUUGAUUUAUUCUUUAACUUAUUGGAAAAAGAAGGAAAUAUUAUUUGGGCUUUUCCGGGGUUUGAGCCGACUCACCUGUGUGACCCGUCAGAUCAGAAGAGACUCUGAGUUGAUGGAUUAGCCGAUUGCGCUACUGCGACCGAAGGUUGUUUGGGAUAUGAAAAAUAGUUAUGAAAUUAUACACUAGUUUCGGGACAAGAUUGGGCGUGCAAGUUCGUGACGUUUCGGCUUGUUUCGGCUAUUUCUAAUCACGAAAUGAGACCAGAAUCUUGAGAUCACUUCGAGUUUAGUCUUUAAUUUACUCGAGCAAUAAAUAGAAUUACAUGGCCGCGCAGAGGCAAUAAGUUUCUCUUCGAGUGUUGAAAAAUAUCACGAGUGAGCGCUCCUUUCGAACUGUUUUACGAUGAAUUUAAAGUUACAAAAUGCUACACAAAGACGUUUUGUCUUUGUUGAGUAAUGCGUGGUAAAAUUGCCGUCACACGUUGCGUGCAUAACAGGCCAGAGCGCCGAUUUUAAGUACUAGGCGACUUUGAAAGACGCGUGCUUCACAUAUUUGUGGCGGAUUAGAAUGCCGGCUUGGUCAGAGGCCCUUUGUUUAAAACAUGGCGGGAUACUCGCAGCUUAAGGCAAGCAUGUGCCUUGUAGCUGUCAACAUAAUGCUUUUUAAUUACAUUCUGUCAUAAUUAACAAAACCCGAUCCAUGUUUGAUUGAAAGUAAUUGUACAAAUCUGGUACCAGACAAACCGCUUUUAAAAAACAAAAACACAAAACUAGUUUAUGGUUAUUUCUCAUUAAUUUCACUUGAUCAAAACAAAUAUUUACUUUUAUCAGUUUUCCCGUUUCUUUCAAAACAUCCUUCAUUUCCGGGCGUUUCACCGUAGUCAAUGAAAGAUGCGUUUUAUCGGUCUUCUUUUUCGCGGGAAUAUCAAAAUUUCCAUCUUUCAAAACGCGAUGAACCAAAGCUCGCAGGAUACCAAAGCGCCAAAGGCGCACGAUGCAGUCCCGGUGUUUUGUGAGCAUCCGUUAAAAAUAUUGAACGCCAAAACUAUCAAGUUUUGGUACAGCGAGAGGCAGCUAGUUUCUGUACCCAAAGGUUAGUUCAUGGACAGGCUAUCGAAAGAAAAUAAAAGGGAUGGUUGCCCAAUGGAUAGCAGGCCUAACUACGCAAAAUAAAUGUCUCAUUGCACCCUUGUCUGCGAGGUUAGUACUAAAUUUACACUCUAGAAUACAUUACAGAACUCAAUCAGCAACACUUUGCAAGUAGAAUUGGUGAUCAGUGUGGGCAAUUUAUAUUUCUAAGGGACGUCCGUCGCACAAAGGCUUAACGCGCGGGGGUUUUUAGUCAAUGACUGACAUAACAGUUUCCUCACAAUCGACCCAGUUAGAAUGCGAUAAUGUGCGCGUGAACUUUGCCUACAACUGGCAAUAAGCUGAAUAAACCGGAAGCUGAACACCAUGAAUAAGUUACCUAAUUACAUCGCAGGUUCUUUUUCUUUUUUUUUCAACUACUGGAGAGGUUUUUCGUGCAUUCUGUUGCGCAGUUUGGCAGUGAUAUUCCUGCAAUGGUUUUAGUACUGGUCCCGUUGCCGAAACCUUGCACCAGCAAGAUACGGUAAUCGAGAGUCGAGAAUCGAGAAUCGAUAUUGUACUCGGGACAAGAAAAGGUCGCCGUCCAAGGAACAACUGAUGAAAAGCAAGAGCUUCAAGCUGCUGAGAAUCGCCAAUUCUGGAUUACAAGCAGUGAAGGAACUCCUGAGAAGCGUCCAACUUAUAAAGGAACUUUGGAGGCAAGUCAGCCACGGUGAUUGUCGCAUCACGCAUAAAGUAGAAUAAAUUUGUUAUCCUGGUCUUGUCUUUGCCACAAAUCACGUAAAACUAUAAAGAAGGUACCACUAUGAACUCUGGAAAAUGAAAAUUCAAUAAUACUAUGGUUGACGACUGACAGUUUAAAAGAGAGACAACCUUCACCUCAGAAUCUUGGGCGCGCCGCCUGUAAGCUCUGAGGGAGAGGGAAGCCCCUUAAUUUGGCCUAUUUCAAAAACAAAUGACACUACAAAAAUAACCUACAAUUAUAAUUUCAAAAGAGAGACUACCAUCACCUCAGAAUCUUGGGCGCGCCGCCUGUAAGCUCUGAGGGAGAGAGUAGCCCCAUAAUUUGGCCUAUUUCAGAAACAAAUGACAAUGCAAAAAUAACCUACAAUAAUAAUUUGGAUAAUGACCGACAUUUCAAAAGAGAGACUACCAUCACCUCAGAAACUUGGGCGCGCCGCCUGUAAGCUCUGAGGGAGAGGAUAGCCCCAUAUUUUGGCCUAUUUCAAAACAAAUGACAGUACAAAGAAGAAUUAAAAUAAUAAUUUGAAUAAUGACCGACAUUUCAAAAGAGAGACUACCAUCACCUCAGAAACUUGGGCGCGCCGCCUGUAAGCUCUGAGGGAGAGGGUAGCCCCAUAAUUAAUUUGGCCUAUUUCAAAAACAAAUGACACUACAAAAAUAACCUACAAUAAUAAUUUGGAUAAUGACCGACAUUUCAAAAGAGAGACUACCAUCACCUCAGAAUCUUGGGCGCGCCGCCUGUAAGCUCUGAGGGAGAGGGUAGCUCCAUAAUUUGGCCUAUUUCAAAAACAAAUGACACUACAAAAAUAACCUACAAUAAUAAUUUGGAUAAAUGACCAACAUUUUAAAAGAGAGACUACCAUCACCUCAGAAUCUUGGGCGCGCCGCCUGUAAGCUCCGAGGGAGAGGGUAGCCCCAUAAUUUGGCCUAUUUCAAAACAAAUGACAAAACAAAGAUGACCUACAAUAAUAAUUUGGAUAAUGACCGACAUUUCAAAAGAGAGACUACCAUCACCUCAGAAUCUUGGGCGCGCCGCCUGUAAGCUCUGAGGGAGAGGGUAGCCCCAUAAUUAAUUUGGCCUAUUUCAAAAACAAAUGACACUACAAAAAUAACCUACAAUAAUAAUUUGGAUAAUGACCGACAUUUCAAAAGAGAGACUACCAUCACCUCAGAAUCUUGGGCGCGCCGCCUGUAAGCUCUGAGGGAGAGGGUAGCCCCAUAAUUUGGCCUAUUUCAAAAACAAAUGACAGUACAAAAACAACCUACAAAAAUCAUUUGUAUUAUGACCUACAUUUUAAAAGAAAGACUACCUUCACCUCAGAAUCUUGGGCGCGCCGCCUGUAAGCUCUGAGGGAGAGGGUAGCCCUAUAAUUUGGCCUAUGACACUACAAAAAUCACCUACAAAAAUUGUUUGGAUUAUGACCGACAUUUCAAAAGAGAGACUACCUUCACCUCAGAAUCUUGGGCGCGCCGCCUGUAAGCUCUGAGGGAGAGGGUAGCCCUAUAAUGUGGCCUAUUAAUUAAGUAAAAAGCAAGUAACAAUACAAAGGUAAACUGAAAUAAUAAUUUUUGGAUUAUGAUUGACAUUUCAAGGAGGCUAAAAUGACUGAUAUAGAAACCAUACUGUAUCUGUGACGUUGAUUAUACAGAUCGCCCACGCGAACACGAAGAUGUUGAAGUGGAAGCUAGAAUAUCUGGAGUAAUCCAGCGUCUUGGGCUCCUUCCAGCGAAUAAGAUUUUGGCGGGAUUUCGAGAGUGCUUGGCGGGCUUUUUGGAGAGUGAUUUGUCACUGGAGGCACAUCGACGCUUACAUCGUCUUAAGCCAGAGAAAAAAGACUUGAAUCCUUCGCCGUUUGAUCAAAAAGGUCGUCCAUUGAAUCAGAUAAUCGGUGUUGCUGUUCCUCAAGGGGAUGUGAAGUAGAGCUCGAGCUCUCGCUUUCGUUUUCUCCGCCGACUAUAAAAUGUGCAUUGUUGACGGCUUUUCUCAAACGUUCAAAUAGAGAAGAUUUAAAAAUUUCUUUGGUCAGGGUCUUUUCCACGCCGAGUUCCUUCCAAACCGGAGAAAGAUGUGCCAGCAGAGAGUGUAUUCCUACUUGCGGCUCCACAGUAAAAACUUGAUACGCCGACUCGCUGUUUUCGCUUCGAAGGUCACCAAUGUUGACACGGCAAACCACUCUUGGCAGAAGUUAAAUAAGCCAUCGGAGCACUAUUUUCUUAAAAGAAAGCACUUGAAAAACCAUUGAAAGCGUAUCAAGCCUAUUUGAAUCCAAAUGCGGCGAGAAAACUGUAGUUAUCAAUUGCGAAGCCAGAGGCGCGAAGAUCGACUUCCAAAUUUUCAAUCGACCGUGAAAUGAAUUUAUAAUACCCAAAUAGUCUGAUCAAAUUUCGCGUUUCCUUGAGAUGUCUGGUUCGUUUAAUCAGAAGUACAAAGUUCCUUGACAGGUAAUGUGUCCGGCGCUCUCCAAAGGUGUCUGGAGGAAUGCUUAAAACUAACUACCUUGUCUGUUAUUGGAAACCGAUUUGCGGUGGUUGCUGUGGAGAUUAGGCCUCCUCCUGCGCGCACUAAAAUCGGGGCUCUGGCCUGUUAUGCUUUCUCGAAUGUUCUCUACGUUUUUGGGUCAUUCAUGAAUACUUAGUUAGAGCAUGUCUACAUUUCAGUAUGAGUCAGCAGAUUUGCAUCAGUUACUGAAAUCAUAAAAUAUGUCGAAAAGCUACAACUAUUCGCCUGUUUAGUAUUUUCUAAAACCUUAUGUGAAAAGGUAUACAAGUACCAAGCGAGUUGUUUUGACGAACUAAGUUUUUUCCCACGAGCUGUAGGUCGAUUUUUAUGUUCUGUGUUUACAAGUUGGCGGAGGCCGUAAGAUCUCUGAAUUUCAAGUGACAGUUUGUUAUUAUUGGCAGAGGCUGUUUAGUUUUACUUAAGUUCAAGUCAAUUUGUGUUGCAUUGGCGAAAGCUGUGUUUUAAAGCUCCGUAAAGACUAGGUUCCUGAGUACAUGAGACUGUUAUGCUGUUUUCGAAGCCUGAUGUAAAAAAAAAAUAGAGAAUUCCUUUUUCACUGUUUGUUUUGUUAGACUUAUUACUUACCGCUAGUCACCUCAUAUAUUUGACUUGUUUAGACCCAAGUCAAAUUUAGAAGCAUUUGUAUGGAGUCAUCAAAGCAUAACUGGGCUAAUAUCUAAGAGACAAUUUGCCCCGAAAUGCUAGUUUUUGGCAAGUAGGCCUGAUGGAUGUUGCUCUCCAGAAUAUCCUGACAAAUCCCAUAAUUUCACAAAUUGACACCUUACUCUCACCAUAUAUCAUUUGUUACUAUUUCUCCUCAUUUACAAUUAAUCAGUUCCACAACCAUGACGCUGAAGUGUACGCUCCAUAACGCCUUGUCCAGGUUUACGUUUGUGGCUUUCCCACAGUCUAUCUGCAGGACUGUGUAGUAUAGAGCUAAGAUUCAUACUGCAUAUUACCUAACGUGAAACCACUAUAAUUAUGAUGGUUACACCACGUACUUAAACUCUUUCUACGCUUAUCCGCUGACCAAGAAAGCGAAAACCUAAUCCAAGAAGACACUCCCAAACAUGAAUGAUUAAUUAGACCUGAUGUUGGUUCAGAAAUAUAGACAUAUUUUGAUUUAGAUGUGGUACUUUGCUCAACUUACCCACUUGACAGACGCUUUCUCGAGCAGCAGAAGUCAAAACCGUAUAUUAUAACACAUUUGAUUUGCUCGGUGUUCUAUGUUAAUUACUCUCGUUACGAAUGGUUGAAAUUCAGCAUCACGGAUAAACUAAUUAGUAUAUCGAUGUAAAAUUUCCGAAGGUGAGUCAACAAAAUUAAAAUCACUAUAAAACCUUAUUAUUUUACUAAACCAAUUUUUUCACCACUUUUGAAAAGAAAAAGUCGGGAAGCUAAUGCUAUCUGUUUCGAUGACAUAUUUUUACAUAUAAUAUAAGGUACUUUUUCAUUUAUUACUUAAAGUAAGAAAAGAAAUCGGCCACUUUUUUUGAGAAACUUAUUAUACCAAUGUUUAUGUCGGUUGAUUAUCAGUACGAUUAGCAGUGACCUAAAACAUUCAGUCUGAGGCAAAGCAAUUGGUACAAUUGUACAAACCUACCACGGCUUGAAAAAUGCGGUUUAAGCCCGUGCUUUAUUUGUUCCUGCUCACCAAUUAUAACAAAAAAAAAACAUUUCUUUUCUACUGUUCGAUUAAAGCCAUUUCCUAGAAUUCUAAGCCCUUUGGACCCUAUCUUGUACCCAAGAACAAUUUUCUCGCGGGUUAUUUUAGUGCUUAAUUGAAUGUAAAUAAAACGAAUCGAGUAGUCUUUUUGAUGGGAAUGGGACACCUGUCUUGAUCACAAGAGAGAUUAUGAGAUAUUUCAAUUCUUCUUGGUGUAGAACUUUAUAAAGAGUCCAUGUUAGUACUGCACAAUAAUACGAUAUUUUGAUUUAAACAAAUAUAACAAUGAUAAACAUUUUUAGUAAACCGAAAGCUGUUGUUGAUAUUUAUCAUUUUGACUAGAAGGUUUUCUCUAACUUCCACUUGAAGAACACACUCGUCUACUUCAGUAAGUCCUUAAGCCGUGUUGAAUUACAGACUUCGCUAUCAUGGGAUAAAGUUGAAAGUAAAUUAUAAAAGCAUAUUAUAGCUGAACUGAGAGUAAUAAAAAUGUCAUAAACGCCAGAUUAUUAUCACAAAUUUUUUUUUCGUGAACAUUGUUUGAUACCAUAUAACACCCUGUCACUAAAUUUUGACCUUCAAUCCAAACAUAUGAUAUUAGUUUUCUACAAGAGUGCUUCGUUGCUGUUACCUCAGUAUUUUACAUAUCUAAGCCAUUUUUCAUGGACAUUAAAUGUACAAAGGAAAGCACAUUGAAUGGACCUCAGAAGAAGAGUUGAAUGAAGGAAUGAUUGUGAAUGAUUAUAGAUCAUUGUACGUGUCUUAAAAGCUGUGUUCGUUAAUAUGUUAUUUAAUAUGCUAAUUAUUUUCUUUUAAAAAAAUACAAACAGUGCGUUUGAAAUUACCCACAAAUAUUUUUUUCCGUAAACUCGUGAUUAAAUAAAAAUGUUUUUCAUCUUAAUUCUCCUUGCUUCUCCUUAUCACACUGUUUUUAAAAAUAUUUUUAAGUUAACCGAUCUCCAUGUUUCCAAUUACACACCCUACACCGUUACGAUUUCACGACGAACAAAAUUGUUUAUUCACCUAACAAAACAGUGAGUGUCGAGUUAUAUCAGGUGUCUACAUAAUUACCGAAUGUGAAUUUUAUUAGUGAACUUCAUUAUCACUUUCUUUGAAAGCCACUCCAUUGCAAAGAAGCUGUGGUUAUGCUUUUGCUUUGUAUUGUAGAUAGUUCGUUACAGUUUUGAUUCUAUCGUGAUGAAUAUAUUUCUUGUAAUAGUUUUAGCAACUUUCUUGAAUUCUGUUGGAGGCGUUGGUAAGUGUCUCGUUUAUUGCACUUUUAUAAUAGAUAUUAAAAGAAUAGCUAGCUAUAUUGAGAUAAUUCGAACACCAAAAUGUGUCAUCAAAGACUGCUAAAUGGUUUAAGUGCUGGACGUUUUGAAAAUGGCCAUGUUACCGAAGACAGAUUAAAAAGCGUAUGUUUCAAUUCCUACUUUUUUUGAUUACUCUGAAGCAGUUGAAAAUGAAAUUUAAAGCAAACACUUUAAAUUUUAAAAGGCAGUCUUGAGAAAUUUAUAUCCACGUGUUAGAAAAAAGUUUUCAGUUGUUAAUAUUUUAACACCAUUAAGCGUUGAAAUGGACGGUUUUCAGUGAAAAAAAAAUAGUCUAGAAAGACAACAAAAAAAAAAAUGCAAGUUUAUGAACUGUUGGCCAUAUGCAGACUAAACAAUGAACAGAAACAAAUGUUUCUCCGGAUUAUGUAGGCGUCUUAAUUCUUGAGAAGAUAAUUCCCAGAGGUGCUUUCAUUUUUAGCAUCAACUCUGUUAUUUCUUUUUCAUAAAUAAUAUGAUUAAGAUGAUACAAUUCAUGAAUAUGUUUUAUUACGCAAAAAGUAAAAUGAAAGAACUCGUCUGUCCCUUCAUUUACUUUUGCUCUACUUUAUACCCUUUCCCUCCCAUAGUGAAUGGUGGCUGGUCAGGUUGGUCAGCGUGGAGUGGCUGUGCGGCCGGCAUUUGCGCGGGAAACCAGCGCAUUCGAACAAGAACCUGCACGUAUCCCAUACCAAGUGACGGGGGAGCUUGGUGCACAGGAGAAAAUGCGCAGCAGUUAGAUUGUUUGA